CCCCGACCCCCCCACCGCUGCGGGGGGCGGCGCGGCCCCGCGCCCUCCCGGCCGCUCUCCUCCUCGCCUGCUCGGCGCCGGCUCCGCCGGAUGCGAUGAGUCACGGGGCCGCGCGCAGCCCCGUUCCUCCCCCCGGAGCCCGGCCCGGCCCUGCUCGGGCGGCGCUGCCUGGCCCCGAGGGGUGGGGGCAGCCGUCCGGCGGCAUCAGCCUCUGCUGGUGGCGGGGCAUCCCUCACCGCGCACGGCCGUGGGGCGGGUCGCCUUUUGGCCCCGUUUCUCCUCCUUCUUUUCCGGACCUUCGCAGGGAAUGGGUUUGAAAGAUGAUGAUAGUGGAGACCAUGACCAGAAUGAGGAGAACAACACACAGAAAGACAGUGAGAAGGAAAAGAACGAUCGAGAGAAACCACAGAGUACCACCAAGAGGAAGGCUGUUGUCCCAGGGCCAGCUGAGCACCCCCUGCAGUAUAAUUAUACCUUCUGGUACUCCAGACGAACACCUGGGAGACCCACCAGCUCACAGAGUUAUGAACAGAACAUCAAACAGAUUGGCACCUUUGCCUCCGUGGAGCAGUUCUGGAGGUUUUACAGUCACAUGGUACGUCCUGGGGACCUGACAGGCCAUAGUGACUUCCAUCUUUUCAAAGAAGGGAUCAAACCUAUGUGGGAGGAUGAUGCCAACAAAAAUGGUGGUAAAUGGAUUAUCCGCCUGCGAAAGGGCUUAGCGUCACGAUGCUGGGAGAAUCUCAUUCUGGCAAUGCUAGGAGAACAGUUUAUGGUGGGAGAAGAAAUCUGUGGGGCAGUCGUCUCUGUCCGAUUCCAGGAGGAUAUUAUCUCGAUAUGGAAUAAGACAGCCAGCGACCAAGCCACGACAGCCCGGAUACGCGACACGUUACGAAGAGUGCUCAACCUACCUCCCAACACUAUCAUGGAAUAUAAAACACACACCGAUAGCAUCAAGCUUGCCAGGGCCUGGGAGGAGUUUCAUGGCCUGGUGAACAGCAGUGGCCGCUGAUCCAACGCUCCCCCUCCCUCUGUCACACCCAGGGGAUAACUCAAGCUUUCGAAACACAAAAAUCACAUUGUGAGAACAAGAGUUGGCACUCAGCUCCUCUCUCCGUGUUGAAAGCACUGAGAGGUCUCCACCAGUGCCCUCCGACCUCUGAAGGGACUCAUGGGCCACUCUCUCGCGCUCCUCCUUGAAGGAAGGAUCCAUCUGAAGCCCUCCAGCAGCGGUGACAAUAGAGGCUGAUUUUGUCAUACACAAACUUUUUUUUAGCAGUGGGGCGGGAGGCCAACCUUUCAAUUAGCAGCGUGCCCUUGGGGCCGCAUCUUGCAGCACUUUCCUCUCUUUCUCUACAUGGCAUGCAGGAUCUCUGGGAUUCUGCCGCAACAUCAGAGCCUUCUGCUGAGGGAUACCAGUAUUAUAAAUCUCUCUGCAGCUGGGAGGAGCUUCCCAGUUGAGAGUCAGCCCUAUGGUUUUCAAAUGCCCCCUUUCAGCUCUGCCAAUAAAUUAUUGGGUCUCUUUGUUUCUUUCA